CAACCACACACUACUUAAUAGCUGUGUUGGGAAAACAUUAUUAAAGUUUUGAAAAUCAGGUUUUAUUGUAAAGGAAUCUAAAUACUUAAGGAUAUUUAACCGCCAUUUUGACAGCCGUGUAUAUUUAUUCAUGGGAAAUAACGAUGCCCGCGUCUGGGCCAAUGGCUGUUUUGACGUAUUUCAUUUUGGCCACGCGAAUUUUCUACGCCAGGCAAAAGUUAUGGGAAGCUAUUUGAUAGCUGGAGUUCAUGGGGACUCGGAUAUAGCGAGGAACAAAGCGAGUCCUGUUAUGGGCGAAAGGGAACGAGCGAAAAUCAUCUCAGCCGUGAAGUGGGUGGACGAGGUUCGCACUGGUGUUCCGUACGGCGAUGUUUUGAAAACGCUGGACGAAAACGCGUGUCAGUUUUGCGUGCACGGGGACGAUAUAGCGCAGGACGCGAAUGGACGUGAUAUCUACGCGGAAUGCAAGGAAAAAGGAAGAUUUUGUGAGUGUAAACGCACCGAAGGUAUUUCAACAACGCUCAUAAUAGAUAGGAUAUUGCUCGCCGAUGCUGGUGGCCAUAAAGAACUUACACAUUGGCCACACGUUGGUGGACCCUUAUCGCAAAUAUCGAAGGAAAUAGAAAAUGAACCGGAGGACGCUCAGAAAAAGAACGAGGAAUCGGAAAUCCUGAAAGAAAACGACAGCAAUGGCUUCGUUCAGCGACGUCUCGAAAUGCCAGUGGAGUACUACAGGGAAAAAGUCGACGAAUUUUCGUCAAAAUCGCGAACACCGGAACGAAACAUGAAAGUGAUCUACGCACAAGGCGUCUUCGAUCUCUUUCACUCAGGACAUGUUGACUUUUUAGAGAAGUGCAAAGCCAGCGUUGAGGACGGGUUCUUGGUGGUCGGAGUGUUAACUGAUGAAGAAAUAUCUCGGGUGUACGGGGGAUAUCCGGUGACUAACACGUACGAACGAGUUCUGGCCUUGUUGUCCUGCAAGUUUGUGGAUCAAGUUGAGAUCGGAGUGCCUUACGAAAUCACUUCGCAGUUUCUCGAAGACAUGAAGAUCGAGUAUGUAUUUCAUGGUAUGCUCUGGGAGCUGCCCUCUGACCCUUACAAGGCAGUGAGAGAUAAGAAUAUCUUCUAUCAAGUGGACAGCGGCAACGACCUCACAACUAGCGCGAUCAUUGAGAGAAUCAUUAAUAGCAGGGAAAUGUACAGAGAAAGAAAUUCCAAAAAAUCAGAGAGUCAAUUUUCAAGAGUUCGCCUCCAAGGAAACAAACCCUGAAAAGAAUUCAAAAACUCGGACCCACGUUUAUAUUUUCACGAGAUUCUUAUUAAUGGACAUUCUAGGAGGGCGUCUACUAGGAGGGCGUCGCCCCUUCACCAUUCCCCCUAGGUGUGUCUGUUACUAAAUAAUACCAUGCUGAUGAAGUGUACCUGUUACCUCGUACACUUGAACGUGUCAUUCAGUAACACCUCAAUAUAUGGUAAUAAUUUCGACUAAUCUAUUUAUCAAUCAAUUAUGAUUUUCAACAAUUUCCUCGAUGCACAUAAAUUCUAGAGGUUUAAA